UCACGGCGUACAAACACGGGUCCGGUACAAACACAGCUGCACCACUAGUCGACUUCUGGAAGUUUCUUGCGCAUUGGCACCUAGAGACUUGGUUCAAAAAAAUUAUAUAUAUAUACUAAUUUUGCAACGAUAUUUCGGCUCGGAACUUCUUAUAGUCAAUGAGGUAUUUUUACUUGUAGUUUGAUAGGACAACUAUCUUAAAAGGUCAUCAUUUUACGUUGGUAGCUAGUAUUACUGUAGCUAGCUAGAUUAUUUAUUUAGCUAACAAAGUUAGUAACGUUACUGCAGUUUGCUAGCUAGCUAACUACCGCAACAUUUUUUACAUAUAGAAACCUAGACAGCUUCAAAAACCGACUGUCAGUGUGGUUGGUGGAUGGGCCUUUGAUAAAAGGUAAACUCUGGUGAAUUUACGAUGAUUUGGUGAAUAUGAAGCGUUGAUUGUAAUACUUACAAUGGGUAAAGACUAUUAUAAAGUGCUGGGUAUACAGAAAGGCGCAUCCGAGGACGAAAUAAAGAAGGCGUAUCGAAAACAGGCCCUGCGAUAUCACCCAGAUAAAAACAAGUCCGUUGGAGCUGAGGAUAAAUUCAAAGAGGUCGCGGAGGCCUAUGAUGUCCUCAGCGACGCAAAGAAAAAGGACAUAUAUGACCGAUAUGGAGAAGAAGGACUAAAAGGGCCCACAGGCGGCGGCGGUGGUGGUCCCAAUGACCACAACAACUUUAACUACACCUUCCAUGGAGAUCCCCAUGCCAUGUUUACUGAGUUCUUCGGAGGCCGCAACCCAUUUGACCAGUUCUUUGCGCGCAACGGGGAUGAUGACAUGGACAUUGAUGACCCAUUUGCUGCAUUCGGCAUGGGAGGGAUGGGGGGCAUGCCUGGGAUGGGAGGAUUUCAGCAACAUCAGAGGUCCUUCAAGUCCCGUCCAGGGGGUCCGCACGGGGCCCGAGAGAAGAAGAAAGAUUCUCCGGUGGUGCACGAGCUGAAGGUGAGCCUGGAGGAGGUGUUCUCUGGCUGCACCAAGAAGAUGAAGAUCUCCCGUAAGCGGCUGAACCCAGAUGGCUGCAGCAUGCGCAGCGAGGACAAGAUCUUGACAGUGGACAUCAAGCGAGGCUGGAAGGAAGGGACCAAAAUCACCUUCCCUAGGGAGGGAGAUGAAACUCCCACUAACAUUCCUGCUGACGUGGUGUUUGUGGUUAAAGACAAACCCCAUCCAGUGUUUCGCCGGGAGGGCUCCGAUAUUGUCUUCCCUGCAAGAGUGUCCCUCAGAGAUGCAUUGUGUGGGUGUACGGUCAGUGCUCCCACUCUAGAUGGCAGGACUGUGACUGUGACCUCUCGAGACAUUGUCAAACCUGGGAUGAAGAAGCGUAUUGUUGGUGAAGGACUGCCCCUGUCCAAGUGCCCUGAGAAGAGGGGGGACAUGGUGCUUGAGUUUGUAGUGAAAUUCCCAGAGAAAUUGGGGCCGAGUGCCCGCGAUGCGCUGACUAAUAUUCUUCCCCCUUGAGCAACUUAAGUGGCACCUAACCAACACUAAGGCAGCCAGUCGUCUUCCUCAUUACCCAAUUAAUAUUAAAACAUAUUCCCUUUUAUUCCUUACAUGUGUUAUUCACAGUAUAACAUUUCCCACUGAAAGGGAAGGUAAAGAAACUUCUGGGGGAACCAUGGAUAGACAUUGGCUAAUAAGAUGCUAGAACAGUGUUUUUCAAACGAGUCUACGAUAUUACAAAAUUUAAUAUUUCAUUUCUUAUACCUACACAAAAUGGAUUUGACGAAGUAUUGAUCAAUCUUAGUGCAUUUUCUAUUCAUCCUCAGUGAUAAUGAGUUUUUAUUUUCCCCCAUCGAUUUGCAAAUUGUUUUUGCGCUUGCCUGCUUAACUGUGCACACCAGUGGUGGCACGUGGUGGGGCCCCCAUUUAUAAUAUGAUGCAGGCCCCCAACCAAAACAUGUUAAGGGGCCCAAAAAAGGCUAGAUCUGGUUUUGCACAGGUAGUCUAUUAACAUUGCAUAAGGCAUUUGUUUUUUAAUAGGUCAUUAGCUUAGGGAUUUUGCCUCAUCCUCAUGGCAGAAUGUGUUGAGUAGCAGAAUUACAGCUAGUAGUCAUUUUAGAUUUCACAAGCUGCUUGUGACUCUAAUUGCAAGCUUGCAAAACAUGUUUUUUUUAUCAGAGGGUCUUUCUUUGAGAUGUUUAAUAUUGUAUUAUUAACAUUAAAAAGCAUUGGCAAACCCCUUUGUUUGAACAUGGAGUAGUGGUUUGUCUGAUCCUGUAGGGAUGACAGUGGAAUAGAACUGAUCGGGUAUCCAGCUGUUUGGAGUAUAGAAUAUUUGGUGCACGUGGCUUACAAAACCAGGCUAUAACUCCGAGUAGCAGUGACAUGACUGAAUGUAUGCAUAUUAAGUUAAAUGAAAACUCUUGAGAGAUUCUAAAAUGGAUGUCAUGGACCUUAGGGCAAAUAUGUUGAAAUCUGAGAAUUUUAUUUCCGCUUAAAUGGGAAAACAAUGCUGAAAAUUCUAAUGUUCAAACUAAUGCAAAAAUAAUGUAGGAAUUCACUCCAGGCUAGUCCCGCUGAUUCCACAAAUGUGAUAGUUGUGUAAAUUAGUUAUCAAAAGUUGUGCUGCCUAUUUUGUGCCAAAUUACCUCUGCAUAGGGUUAUGUCAAGCAUGUGAGAUUUGUGUGUGUGUAAAGAAUUUUAUUGUGGUGUGAUAUGUUUGGAUCUGUCUUUAGGAAUAUUUACAUUGAACUUGUGGAUCACUGUUGCAAUUAAGUUGUACAUCCAUUCACUAGUGAAAGUUGUUUACUCUGCUGUUCAGUGGUGGCAGCUCAUUUAAGCUUUUCUAAUUAUCUUUUUAGGUCUGUCUAAGCUGUGAAACUACUCGCGACUAAUUCUGAAAGCUCUAUGCAACCAUUUUCAUGAAGAUAAUCAACAUUUUUUACUUAGACUUCCUAUACUGCUUACACACUACUGUGAGCCAACACUGACUGGUCUAAUAUGUACAGCAGGUGAACUGAUAUUUCAAGUGUCGUCUUCUGAGGUAAAGCAAACCUAAGAAUCAGAUGUAGGAAAUAAUAUGUAAAUCAUUCCAAAAAUGACUGUUUACAAACCAAAUUGCCAAGCAGUGAGUCAGUUGUACAUGUGGCUGAUGAACUGUAGAUUACUAUUAGAUGUGGUUGAAAUAUGUCUGAGUUACUUAUUUUAACCAGGUCUGAUUAUCAUUUGUAUUUCAGUCAACACUUGCCCAUUUAUCAUUCUACUCUAGGUGGAAUUGGACUAAAACUAUUUAAUUUUGAUGGAUAAAUAUGUAGUUUAACAUGAAAGUAGAGAUGUGUAAUCUCAGUUAAAUAAAAAUGGCUAUUUUGAUAUUUUUUUCUUUGUAUGGAAACUUAAAUGUUUGUUUUUACCUAUUGAAUAUUUUUUUAUUCAAUUUGCACAGACAUUGAUUUAUUAGGCAUCCAGACUUCUUUUUGACAGUCCAUAUAGUUGCAAGUACUCAGCUUUGAAUAAAUAUGAAAGUGAACAUAA